AUGGAAGGCAUCCUUUACGAAGUCGAUGAUUACCUGCGGCUGUUUUAUUUUAAGCUCAGCAUUCCUCAUGUGAACGGGGAAAGUGGCGGAAAACGAGGAAAGAUUUACUUAGACAUGGCAUAUUACCUAAUUGCAGCUAUGCUACGUUUAUUUUUUUCAAGAAGCUUGCUUGUAAUGCUGUUCGCAGUUAUUGUGCUGAUGGUAUCUGCAGAAAUUUCAAUCUGUGUUAGAGGUCAGUUGUUGUGCCAAGAUAGACCCGUGCCAGAUAACUACCUGUCUUUAGCAGAGACACUCUUGUUUUACGAUAUUCCGCUCAGCGUUUCUAGGACUAAAGAAAAUGGAAUGUUUAAUAUUACCUGUACGUUGCCUUCGUGUUCUAAAGGUCUGCUAUAUGUUCAACUACUGCACAACUGUAGUAAAUGUCGUCAGGAGAGGUGUUCGUCACUUCGUUACCGUGUAAAAGUGCCGCUUGAUGACUGUGAAAAUGGAGGCAGUUACCGAGUCGAUUUUAAUCAAAUAGAACUUUCCGGACGAGGAGAAAAUUUAAGAGGUUUUUUAAACAGAAACCUGGGUAUGACAAAUUGUAAUCGAGCAAAUGCUCGCCAAAAUAUGCAGUUAAAACAGCGUAACUGA